CCCUCGUGCGCGUGAAAGCCAAGCCCGCGCUGCUGUGCCUGGACAUUUGUUCCUAGCGCCACUCCACCAACCUUGCUCAUCAAUCUUCGCCGCCCGUCGUCGCAAUCAAUCAUCACUGCGCCCCACUCUCACGUACUCAACGCCUGCUGAUACGCUCAUUGCCAUCGCCAGAGUAUAUUGCGACAAGAUAUACUCAAUAAUCACGACUGUUUGCGCACUCCUUACCCGCUAUGCCGCCCCAGAUCAAGAGCGACUUGAACCGCAGCGGCUGGGAAACGACCGACUUCCCGUCCGUCUGCGAAAAAUGUCUGCCCGAUAACCCCUAUGUGCAGAUGCUCAAGGAGGACUAUGGCGCCGAGUGCAAGAUUUGCACGCGGCCCUUUACCAUCUUCCGCUGGAAGGCCGACCGCACCGCCCGACAGAAGCGCACCAACAUCUGCCUGACAUGCGCGCGUCUCAAGAACUGCUGCCAACACUGCAUGCUGGAUCUUUCGUUUGGUCUGCCUAUCGUUGUCCGUGAUGCGGCGCUGAAGAUGGUUGCACCUGGCCCGCAGAGCGACAUCAACCGACAGUACUACGCGCAGGAACACGAGAAGGAGAUUGAGGAGGGACGGGGAGCCAUGGAAGCCUAUGAAAAGACCGACGAGAAGGCGCGUGAUCUUUUGAAGCGCCUCGCACAGAGCGAGCCAUACUACAAGAAGCAACGACGGUUAGAGACCGAGGCGGGCGAGAGCAGCGGACAAAAGGCGUUGCCAGCGCCCGGUGGUAGUGGUAAUGGAGGUGCAAGUGCAGGUGCGAGCCGCGAGAGCAACCACAUCCCAGGACCCAUCAGAACCCGAGAUUCUCGCGGUCCUUCUGCGCGAGGAGGUAUGCGGCCAGGACGAGGAGGCCGCAUGGGAGGUCCACCCCUAGAGCCGAGCCCACAAGACUGGCUACCACCUUCCGACCCCAACGUUGCGUCACUCUUUGUCACUGGUGUCGAGGACGACCUGCCAGAACACGAGAUCCGCAAGCACUUUACACAAUAUGGCCAGCUCCGGUCACUGGUUUGCUCGCACCGAGCGCACUGUGCAUACGUCAACUAUGUCAAGAGAGAGGAUGCAGAGACUGCGGCAGCAGCUCUCAAGGGCAAGGUAGUUAUCAAGGGUUGCCCGAUGCGAGUCACUUGGGGCAAGCCGAAGCAGCUGGACAGCCUGGACCAGAAUGUCAGGAUGCAAUACGCAAAGGAAGGACGUCAAGUGGCAGGAUCAUCGCGACGGGCCGCUGCCACUUCUCAAGCCGCCAUUGAGGCUGGUCCACAGAGCAACCUUGACAGCAUGGCCAUUGCGCCGCCACCCGGUGCCGACGAUGAAGUCCAAUAUGCCAGUCUGGCAGGCAACUAAAUUAGCUUAAUAUUUCCUUGCAUUGGGACGGCGUUUUGCGAUGCGUGGAUUGCAUGCAUGGGUAUCACGAUUCAAUUUGUCAUGGAUAAAAAGCCUAGGACG